GGAGGAGGUGCACGAUCAUCGGCCACCCUCGCCUUGUAUAUCAACUCAUUUUCGGUGUUGUUAGACUGAGUAAACAGCACCGCCCGGUGCUUGUUUGUUUCUACAGCUCGAACGAUCCAUCGCAGCGCGCCGGGCUCGAUUGACACUGUCUGCUGGUCUACUGCUGCCCAUCGCUCGCAAUAACAAGGCUUGCUCGCUAAUUCCCGUCCAACCAGCCACCUAAAAAGCCCACAGGGCAGGCACGAACGGAGUCAGUACCUCGCUAUGGCUUCGGGAGACCUAUACGAGGUGGAGCGUAUUGUAGACAAGAGGCGCAACAAGAAGGGUAAGUGGGAGUACCUGAUCCGGUGGAAGGGCUAUGGAAGUAAAGAAGACACCUGGGAGCCCGAGCACCACCUACUGCACUGUGAGGAGUUCAUUGAUCACUUCAACAGCUUGCGACUACAUCCACACAAACAGCCCAAAAUUACCAGAAGUACAGUGAACGGUCACCCGGUGGCCACAGAAAACUCCAGUGCUCGGGUUGAAGUGCGAAAGAAGAAAAGUGGAAAAGUGGGAACUGUUUUAGGGACCGCAAGUGGAGGAUCAGCUGUCGUUCACAAGCAGAGGAAGGUUGCCGAAGGGCCUGGUAGGGAUGCUUUGUGGGACAAAAUGAGCAAAGCCAUGACCCUUAAGACUCCUCCACUAGGAGCCCCACGCUUUGUGGCCCCACUGAGGGAGCCUCAUAAUGGACUUCAAAAUGGAGAUGUGGAGCCGCACAUGUACAGGACAGCUUCAAGGUCACACAGAACAUCUUCAGACAGAGUGGAUGGAGACCUGGGAGAAAUAGACACUACUGAGUUGACUGCCAGCUCCCCUCUGGCCAACAGCAAGAUGCAUCUGCACAGCUCAAUAAAACGCAAGCUGGCAGAGGAGAAGUGCUACGUGUUUGACAAGCGGCUCAGGUACAACGUGCGACAGAACGAGAGCAACUGUCGAUUCCGGGACAUCGUUGUCCGGAAGGAGGAUGGUUUCACGCAUGUCCUUCUUUCUAGUCAAACAACGGACAACAACGCUUUGACACCAGAGAUCAUGAAAGAGGUAUGUCGGGCUUUGGGAAAUGCGGCAGCCGAUGACAGUAAACUGUUACUGCUUAGCUCUGUGGGGACGGUCUUCUGCAGUGGUCUGGAUCCAUCCUACCUGAUAGGCCGUCUGUCGACUGACCGCAGGAAAGAAAGUAGUCGCAUUGCAGAUGCCGUAAGAGACUUCGUGUUGGCAUUCAUACGCUUCAAAAAGCCCAUUGUAGUGGCAAUCAAUGGACCUGCCCUGGGCUUGGGGGCUUCCAUCCUGCCCUUAUGUGAUGUGGUAUGGGCCAGUGAACGAGCCUGGUUCCAAACUCCAUGUGCAGCCCUCCACCUCACUCCCUGUGGUUGCUCCUCUUACACUUUCCCCCAGAUCCUGGGUGUAGCUAUGGCCAAUGAGAUGCUGUUCUGCAGCAGAAAGCUCACAGCGCAAGAAGCAUGCAGUCGUGGUCUGGUGUCACAGGUUUUCUGGCCGACCACAUUUAACCAGGAAGUGAUGCUGCGCGUCAAGGAGAUGGCAUCAUGCAAUGCCAUGGUUCUAGAGGAAUCCAAAUGCCUGGUGAGGAGAAUUCUACUGCGUGUUCUGGAGGAAGUGAACGAGAAGGAGUGUCAGAUGCUGAAGCAGCUGUGGUGUUCCACCAAAGGAUUGGAGGCGCUAUACAGCUACCUGCAUAACAAACCUUAUGAGAAGUGACCACAAACUGAAGCAGUUUAAAUGUUGGCCUUUGUUUCCAUCCAUCAGCACAGAAGAAGCAUGGGAUUGAGUGUUCUUCUUGAUCAGACUUUUAAAAGCCCUUUUUUCUAAACUGGAUCAUCCAGUUUUUGAUUCUCUUUUCAAAAGGGGACCAAAUGUGCAUUAGUUCAUAUGAACAUCAAACAGGGCUCUGUAGGACGAUACAGUGGGUUUCUGUACAUACGUGUGAAAAAUUAAUCAGGAUGCAGGAAAUCAACUGAUGUCUGAUUAGGACACGACAAAGUAAUGAUAGUAUAUAGGAAUAUAUAUUUAUUUGCGUCCAAAGGUUGAUAUCUGUAUUUGAGAUGUUUAUUUAAGGCUGGAUUAACACUGCAGGUGUCCGUUUCCUUUCCUAAUUUGUUGUUUGGCUAGACACGAAACAAUAUCAAUCAAAGUGUUUCAGUGACACUAGCCUCUCACUGACAGGGUCCCUUUUCCAGAUUUGAAUUGUCGCUUGGGACCACCAUGUAGUGUAAAUCCAGUCAGAGUUGCCUGCUGUGUUGACAUGAAGUGAAAACCAAAGUUUGCAUGCGGACAUGGCUUUUUUUCAGACUUCCCCAAAUUUGAAUGUAUUAAUAUUAUUUUUCACAGCAAUCAUUUACACACAGUAAACAGGGCAGACAGAGUUUGAUUCUCCGCUGGGACAUCUCUGUGUGCGGUUUGCAUGUUCUCCCCAUGCAUGCGUGGGUUUUCUCCGGGUACUCCAGUACUUCCUCCCACAUUCCAAAAACAUGCAUGUUUGGUUAAUUGGCGACUCCAAAUUGUCAAUAGGUAUGAAUGUGAGUGAUUGUUUGUUGCGAUCAUGGUGAGGAUAAGUGGCAUAGAAAAUGGAUGGAUGGAAAAUGGAUGGAUGCAUGGAUGGGCAUAAUACAAAAGUGAUUUAAAACAAUCAUUUGAAAGAAGAAGCCAUUAAAUAUUGGUCAGCAUCUCGAUAAAAAAAAUACAAAUACAGGAAUGUUUAUAGUUUCAGUCACUACGGCAUUGUUUCUCAAAUAGUUGAACUUGAGUUCCUAUUGGUACAGUGAAACACUUGAUACCAGGGGUCGGGAACCUUUUUGGCUAAAAAAGCCAUGAAAGCCACAUAUUUUUAAAUGUAUUUCAGUGAGAGCCAUAUCAUGUUUAACACCAAAUACAACCAAAUGUGUGUAUUUCUAAGCAAGACCAACACUUUAAGAAUAUAAGUCUCUGAAUUUAUUAUUUUUAAUAAUGUUAUACCGAAGCCAACCAAUAAUAAAUACAUGACUUCAUACCACUAAUGCAACUUCUGGUGCUGCAUGGGUUGACACCCCACUCUGUAUCUUUCUUUAUUUAAGCCACCCUUUUCAUCAGAAGGGUUGGCUCUGCAGAAUUAGCAAGCUGACUAUUUGAUUAAAGGAAGGAAGACCCCAGCGCAUUAUCCAAUAAUAAUCAAGUUUUGGUGUCUGACCUGGAAAAUAUGGGAAGACAGCUGGCUUUGGCUCUGGCCUCCUGCAGUGUGCUAGAAAAUGGAUGGAUGGAUUAAAAUGCAGAAGAAAGUUUUGGAUUGUGAACACUAUUUUUGAUUUCUAUAGUGAUUUCUAUAGUUUUACUUUAAAAUGUCAGUUAAAAAAAUGACAAAUACAUUUUAUGGUGUUAAGAGCCAGACGCAGUCAUCAAAAGAGAUACAUGUGGCUUCCGAGCCAUAGGUUCCCUAACCCUGUUUUUUUUUUAAUUACCGUAUUGACCUGAAUAUAAGAUCACCCCUCUUUUCCAACACCCGUUUUUAGAAAAUAAUUUUUAAGACAAAAAACAAAUCUAUACAUCCCAAAUGUAAGUUGACUUUACCCCUUGUAUUGAGUUCAAUACGGCACAUUGUCACUGCUCAGUCAUUUGAGGAGGUAUAGUCGUAGAUAUAUUAGUAAACCUACCUCUUGUUUUUCAGUAACAUCUUCAAUAUUAUCAUCUUAUUUUUCAUGACCAGCGACUACUCUGUGUGGGCAAAAGUGAGGGACGCUGCACUCAAUGAAUUGGUUCCUCUCGAAUCGUAUUUUUCGUCAAGACAUUUUGGACAACUUUGUGAGAACAGUUCAGGGAACGCCAUUUAUUGUUCCCAAUUCACAAAACAAGGUCCAUAAUUUCAUGCUUGGGGUGGCACUUUAAUUAAUGAAACACCUUUGGGGAUGAACGAGAACAGCAAUGGUGAGCCAGCAAGCCCUGUUAAAAAAAACAACAACAACAAACUCACACUUGUAGAAAGUCCUGCCAGAAGAGUGUAAGCUAUUAAAGCUGCCAAGGGAGUUGUAAUUGAAAUCUGUCCCUUUACUUUUGCCCAUAUUGACUUAAGCCAUAUUGGACAUCAAUCUAUUUUAUUUUCAUUUUCAAACAGAUGUGGCAAUUUCAGUUGAUUUCUACUUGCUUGUACAUUUCUCUAUCAGAGAUAUGAAUGAUAAACACUGGAACUGUGAUGCGAAAGCUUGCGUCAUACGUACAUGUGGAAGAAUUUUGCAAUGGAUUCCAGCCCAUCUGUGUGUGGGAAACAUGUAAUAUUUCUGUGUAGAUUCAUGAUCAGGUCAUGAUAGCCCGCAAAGGUUGAAUGGAGCACUCUGGCUAAUGAGCCUUUUGUUUCACAUACCACUCUUCCUGUGGAAUAAGACAAUCUUUGGGGGGAGAUGUCAAGACAUUGUUAUAAGCAGACAAUAUGGAGGUGGUGCAACACAUUUGCCACCAGAUAAAACGGCCUUCAACAGCAUCCCCCGGUGGACACAACCACCAGAGACACAAAUAGGAAGACUCCACACUUAAAAAGGUAUAACGGAAGAUUAAAGUUGAAACGUCUUCAACAAACACGAGCGCCUCCAUUCAGUCUUUGCGGGGGAAACAUGUAUGCACGAUUCCACUUUCAAGUAAUGAUUUCUGUGUAAAAUGUAUUUACAAUCAUGAUGAUCUUGUCGUGUAUUGAUUGGCAAGUAGCGAAACAGUUGUGACUGUAAUUGUCAGUGAUUGGAGGGGAACUUCUAUUUUGUUUUACCAAAAAUAUAUACAGUAGUUAUACAUGAAGGUGAUCUGUGGAAGCUAUUUUGUGGGAAGGGAAAUCACUUAAUUUUUUGCAAUUGUGCACAUACAGUGUCAAUCUAGAUCAUAUUGACUGGCACACAGGUGUUGCAUGUUAUAUACUGUACAUAAAAUGAAGGUGUGACCUGCUAUUUUUGGGUAUAUUUUGUACCUGCAUUGUAAGUAGCAUUUUAAGAUGUUGGUUGUAUGAUUAUUUUUUUAUUUAUUGGAGGAAAUGUGUAUGCUUUGCUUUGCUCCUGACUCGAAGUAACCCUUAAUUCACUAGUCUAAAUGAACAUUAUCGAAGACAAAGAUUUAGAAAAUGCAUAGUUUAUACUGGACAUUAACAGUGCAGUCUGGGUUUUAAGUGUUCAUUACAAAUGUGACUCAUUUCCUAAUGCAAAUGCUACUUAUGAAAAAAAUAUAUAUGUUUGCCUUUGUGACAAACAUUCCAAAGUUGAAGGUAAUUUAAAUUGUAUAUGGAGGUUUUGAACAAAUAAUUUAUUUUCGCUUAUAUUUAUUUAUAGCCAUUUCAGAUGACUGAAAAAAAUUUCCACCCAAAACAGCAUACUUCCUCGAACAAAAGCUAGUGUAAUUCCAUUAUUAAUUACACUAUUAUGAGUUAUUUUGUUUCAAUCUACACAUAUGUUGAAAUUCUUGACUUAAAGGUUCAAUACAUUGCUGUCUUUUUCCCCAAACCAAGGUUUUCUUGUGUUACAUGAAAACCCUGUAUCAGCACAUUUGUUUUGCUUUAUGAAAAAAAAAAAAAUUAUAUAUAUAUAUAUAUAUAUUUUUUUUUUUUCAUUAAAUGGCACAGAACAAAAUGUCAAAAUUUUCACUGUGCAAUAACAGCUCAAUUAUUCUCUGGAUACACUCUUUCCAUCUGGUUUGCCGCUUUAAGUGUGUAACCUUUUGUUUCCACACAAGGUAAAAUUUUCUGUUGCAGCAUAACUUCAAUAUACACACCAACCGCAAUAAAUGCCACCUUUUACAAAGUUAGUAAGGCUGACUUUUUAUUUUAAUAUUAUUCUUUUUUUAUUACAGAGAUUUGCAGUUGUAUUGCACUGAAAUGAACACAUGAACUUCGGCUAUGCAUUACAGAUACUAGCUUCGAUCCUUGUUAGAAAUGCAUCCACUAUUUCAAUUCCACUGCAAACUACAACCACAAUAAUAUUGUGUCAAUAAAAAAAAA